UGAUCAUCAUCAAUGCUUAGCAACUCGAAUCUUAGCUAAGCUAAAGCUACACAAUCAUGAAACUUCUUUACUGCAUCUUCGUUUUCCUAAUUCCUCUUCUUGCUGUACCAGCUUAUGCAAGAGUUUUAUCAGUGAGACCUGGAGACGAGUUGGCUGUGUUUAUCACCAUCUACAGUUAUUAUGGAGGGAAAACUCCAAGCCCGCCGCCAUCCCCUUCCGUGUCUCCUUCACCCCACCAUGCUACAGAUGGCGCUACCGCCAACUCUUACUCGAAUAUGAGUCGAACCAAUGACUCAGCAACUCCACAAACAAGCCAGAGCGAUCAACGUAUCUCAAGGAAUACUGCCUCUCCACCACCAACACCAAAGCCAUCACCAACACCGAUACAUAGGACUCGAGCUCCACCACCACCACCAAAGGCAUCACCAACACCAACACAAAAGAAUCGAGCUCCACCACCACCACCGAAGGGGUCAACAACACCAACGCAAAGGACUCGAGCUCCACCGCCACCGGCCAAGCCAUCACCGUCACACGGACAGCUAGGAAUAUGGAGUAGUAGCACUGACACUAGCACGACUCCAACACCAACAGCACUGCAAUCAGCGAACCAAAUGAUAGAAAAGUUUUCUGGAACUACUCGAGCUCCGCCGCCGCCGCCCAAUUCAGCACCGCCACAUGGACAACUAGGAAGUACUUUCCUCUGCAAUAGGUUGCCAUCUAUGGUAACUGAUUACGGCUGCAGAAAACCAAGACCAUCAUCAUCUUAAUUAACUGAAGAUUUAUAUAUCUGAAGAGGCAGGUCUAGGCUUGAGCUCUGUCGUUAUCUAAAACUAAAUAGUAUUUCCUUUCAUUUAUCAAGCUACUUAAAUGCACGUACGGUUUGCUAAUUUAGAGUAAUUUCGUAGUUGGUAGAGGUAGGAAUGGUUACUGAAAUGUAAAAUACUUGCUUACAAUAGAGCUACCUUAGCUUUGUAGUUGAAGCUCGACUCACGGAUCGUUAUCCUUACCUACAAUAAGCGCUUCGAUAAUAUGGGACACAUAAAAUAGAAAUACUAAAGUUUUUAUUUCCUUA